GAGGGAGAUGGCUGCGUGCUGAGCGGAUUCCCCGAGGCGGUUCUCUUGGGGUUUUCUCCUAAGGCAAAGGCGGGAUGGGGGCAGGAGAGAUCUGGAGAGGCGUUGAGGCCGAAGCCUGCCGCCUGCCCAGGUGGCAGAGGGGCCGAGACUGGAUCGCAGCCAGAGCCCAGCGGUGUCCGGGCGCCCCUCCCCGCCGCUCGGGCCCUCCCACUUCCUCUGAAGGAGCCGCGGCUGUCAGGGAGCCGGGCGCCGAGCGCAGUGCAGGCUCCGGGCGCCGCGCAGAGGAGGCUGCCGCUCUGGCUCGCCGCCCCCCGCUGCCGCUCCGCAACCAGGUCCCCGCAGCCGCGCCGCGGGCCAUGGACCUGCCCAGGGGCCUCCUGGUGGCCUGGGCCCUCAGCUUGUGGCCAGGAUUCACAGACACCUUCAACAUGGACACCAAGAAGCCCCGAGUCAUCCCCGGGUCCAGGGCCGCCUUCUUUGGCUACACGGUGCAGCAGCAUGACAUCAGUGGCAAGAAGUGGUUGGUUGUCGGCGCUCCACUGGAAACCAAUGGCCACCAGAAGACGGGAGACGUGUACAAAUGUCCGGUGACCCAAGGGAACUGCACCAAGCUCAACCUGGGAAGGGUCACCCUAUCCAACGUGUCUGAGAGAAAGGACAACAUGCGUCUUGGCCUGAGCCUGGCCACCAACCCCAAGGACAACAGCUUCCUGGCCUGCAGCCCCCUCUGGUCUCAUGAGUGUGGGAGUUCCUACUACACCACAGGAAUGUGUUCCCGAGUCAACUCCAACUUCAGGUUCUCCAAGACCGUGGCCCCAGCUCUUCAAAGGUGCCAGACUUACAUGGACAUCGUCAUUGUCCUGGAUGGCUCCAAUAGCAUCUACCCCUGGGUGGAGGUUCAGCACUUCCUCAUCAACAUCCUGAAGAAGUUCUACAUUGGCCCUGGGCAGAUCCAGGUUGGAGUUGUUCAGUACGGAGAAGAUGUGGUCCAUGAAUUUCACCUCAAUGACUACCGGUCUGUAAAAGAUGUGGUGGAAGCUGCCAGCCACAUCGAGCAGAGAGGAGGAACAGAGACCCGGACGGCAUUUGGCAUUGAAUUUGCUCGCUCAGAGGCUUUCCAGAAGGGCGGAAGGAAAGGGGCCAAGAAGGUGAUGAUUGUCAUUACGGAUGGGGAGUCCCACGACAGCCCGGACCUGGAGAAAGUGAUCCAGCAAAGUGAGAAGGACAACGUGACCAGAUAUGCUGUGGCCGUCCUGGGCUACUACAACCGCAGGGGAAUCAACCCAGAAGCUUUUCUAAAUGAAAUCAAGUACAUCGCCAGUGACCCGGAUGACAAGCACUUUUUCAAUGUCACAGACGAGGCAGCCCUGAAGGACAUUGUCGAUGCCCUGGGGGACAGGAUCUUCAGCUUGGAAGGCACGAAUAAGAACGAAACCUCCUUCGGGCUGGAGAUGUCUCAAACGGGCUUUUCCUCUCACGUGGUGGAGGACGGGAUUCUGCUGGGAGCCGUUGGCGCCUAUGACUGGAACGGAGCUGUGCUGAAGGAGACCAGCAGCGGGAAGGUCAUUCCUCUCCGCGAAUCCUAUUUGAAGGAGUUCCCAGAGGAGCUCAAGAACCAUGGCGCGUACCUGGGGUACACAGUCACGUCGGUCGUGUCCUCUGGGCAGGGGCGGGUGUACGUGGCCGGAGCCCCCCGGUUCAACCACACAGGCAAAGCCAUCCUGUUCACCAUGCACAACAACCGGAGUCUCACCAUCCACCAGGCCCUGCAGGGCGAGCAGAUAGGCUCUUACUACGGGAGUGAGAUCACCUCGGUGGACAUUGACGGCGAUGGCGUGACUGAUGUCCUACUGGUGGGCGCGCCCAUGUACUUCAGCGAGGGUGGAGAGCGGGGCAGAGUGUACAUCUACAACCUGAGACAGAACCAGUUUGUUUAUGAUGGAACCCUGGAGGACUCGCACAAUUACCAGAAUGCCCGCUUCGGUUCCUCCAUCGCCUCGGUCCGGGACCUCAAUCAAGAUUCCUACAACGACGUGGUGGUGGGAGCCCCUCUGGAGGACAACCACGGAGGAGCCAUCUACAUCUUCCACGGCUUCCAAGGCAGCCUCCUGAAGACACCAAAGCAGAGAAUUGCCGCCACAGAGCUGGCGCCAGGCCUCCAGUAUUUUGGCUGCAGCAUCCAUGGGCAAUUGGACCUCAACGAAGACGGGCUCGUGGACCUGGCAGUGGGCGCCCUUGGCAACGCCGUGAUUUUGUGGUCCCGCCCUGUGGUUCAGAUCAAUGCCAGCCUCCACUUCGAGCCAUCCAAGAUCAACAUCUUUCACAGGGAUUGCAAACGCAGCGGCAGAGACGCCACCUGCCUGGCCGCCUUCCUCUGCUUCACACCCGUCUUCCUGGCACCCCAUAUCCAAACAGCAACUGUCGGCAUCAGGUAUAACGCCACCAUGGAUGAGAGGCGGUACACACCCAGAGCCCACCUGGAUGAGGGCGGGGACCGAUACACCAACAGGGCCGCCCUGCUCUCCUCUGGCCAGGAGCAUUGUGACCGGAUCAACUUCCAUGUGCUGGACACGGCUGACUACGUGAAGCCAGUGACCUUCUCAGUCGAGUAUUCCCUGGUGGACCCCGACUACGGCCCCAUGCUGGACGACGGCUGGCCCACGACCCUCAGAGUCUCGGUGCCCUUCUGGAAUGGCUGCAAUGAGGAUGAGCACUGUGUCCCUGACCUCCUGCUGGAUGCCCGCAGUGACCUGCCCACAGCCAUGGAGUACUGCCAGAGGGUGCUGCGGAAGCCCGCCCAGGACUGCUCUGCUUACACACUGUCCUUUGACACCACGGUUUUCAUCAUAGAGAGCACGAGGCGGCGCGUGGCCGUGGAGGCCCUGCUGGAGAACAAGGGCGAGAACGCCUACAGCACAGUCCUCAAUAUUUCACAGUCGGCAAACCUGCAGUUUGCUAGCUUGAUCCAGAAGGAUGACUCGGACGGCAGCAUCGAGUGUGUGAACGAGGAGAGGAGGCUCCACAGGAAAGUCUGCAACGUCAGCUACCCCUUCUUCCGGGCCAAGGCCAAGGUGGCUUUCCGCCUCGAUUUUGAGUUCAGCAAAUCCGUCUUCCUGCACCACCUGGAGAUCCAGCUCACAGCCGGCAGUGACAGCGAUGAGAAGGAGAGCACUAAGGAAGACAACACAGCCCUCCUGCACUUCCACCUCAAGUAUGAGGCCGAUGUCCUCUUUACCAGGAGCAGCAGCCUGAGCCACUACGAGGUCAAGCCCAACAGCUCGCUGGAGAGAUACCAGGGCAUCGGGCCUCCCUUCAACUGCAUUUUCAAGAUCCAGAACCUGGGCUUGUUCCCCAUCCACGGAGUGAUGAUGAAGAUCACCGUUCCCAUCGCCACCAGGGGCGGCAACCGGCUGCUGCUGCUGAGAGACUUCUUCACUGACCAGGCCAACACGUCCUGUAACGUCUGGGGGAACAGCACUGAGUACCGGCGCACCCCGACAGAGGAAGACUUGAGUCGUGCCCCACAGCUGAAUCACAGCAACUCUGACGUCGUCUCCAUCAACUGCAACGUGAGGCUGGCCCCCAACCAGGAAAUCAGUUUCCAUCUGCUGGGGAACCUGUGGUUGAGGUCCCUAAAAGCACUCAAGUACAAGUUGAUGAGAAUCACGGUCCUCGCAGCCUUGCAGAGGCAGUUCCACAGCCCUUUCAUCUUCCGAGAGGAGGAUCCCAGCCGCCAGAUCACGUUUGAGAUCUCCAAGCAAGAAGACUCCCAGAUCCCCAUCUGGAUCAUCGUGGGCAGCACCCUGGGGGGCCUCCUGCUGCUGGCCCUGCUGGUCCUGGCGCUGUGGAAGCUCGGUUUCUUUAAAAGCGCCAAGCGCAGGAGGGAGCCCGGCCUGGAUCCCACCCCCAAAGUGCUGGAGUGAGGCUCCGGAGGAGGCUGUGAGUUGACGGGGGCCAGCACGCGGGCCCAGGCGGGGUGCAGGCCCAGGCCCGUGGCCCACCGAGCUGGGGUGGAGAGGACGCCAGCUCACUUUGCACUUGACCUCAUCUCUUGAGAGACCGAGUCUGCUCCUCCUGAAAGGAACUCAAGCCAGUUUGAAGAGGGACUGUCCUACUGGGAGGCCGAGGCACCUCCAACACAGAUCCCUAGGGAUUUAAAGGGACCUCUCCCGAGGUACACCACACAGCUGCCCCCAGGCUCUGUAGGGGCAUUUGCUGCCCCCACCACUAUGGUGCUAGGAAUUCGCCACCACCCCAUCCUCAGAAGAAACCCAGAGAGCAAGACUACAAAAGCCCACUCUGCGCUCCCCAGGCCCCUAGUUCCUGUAGGACCCCAUGGGACAACAGAUCUGCAUUCUGCGCUGUCCUCCCUCCCUCAAGCUGCCUGCCCAUGGCUCCAGAGACACCCCACCCCUUCCCCAGGCUGGAGGUAGGUCCCCGGAGGCCCCCUGAGUGAGAGACUUGGCGAUGACGGCUGCUGGCCCCGGAUGAAGACAGACUCUGGGAUGCAGAGAAUGUGACAGACGGGCCGCUGGGGCUUAGGAGACAGGGUGCCCACCGAGAUGGGGAGGUGGGUGGGCCCGACCCCCGACCCCCACCCCCACCCCCACCACGCUUUCACACUGACCUCCACCCCCUCCCCCUCCCACAGUGCUCACGGCCACUGCCGGCCUGUGACUCCCACUCCUCCACUGCUUUUGUUCAGGGUGCCCUGCUGAAGCGUGCAGACGGCACAAUCCCCAGGGCUUCAUGCUUCCCUACGCAAUGGCCCGGCCCAGAGGCAAGGGUAGGGGUGGGGAGCCUCCCCUCUCUGCUUCGCCUCCUCCCUCCAUACACGCACCCUCCCUCCCAUCCCCCCCUUCCGCCCACCAUCACCCGUGCCCGAGAGAAGGGCUGGAAAGGCGCUGAGAGCUCCUCUCUGGAAAGCACAGAUAAAGCUGGUGCAGGGACCUCUGGAGCCUGUGCAACCUCGGUGGCAAAUGUCCGAUCUGCCAGCCCAUGGGACGAAUGGUAUCACCAAUGAUGGCACCCCGAGGACAAGAGGCACACCUGGUGCCCAGCCAAGUAAUUUAUGCCUUAACUUUGUUUUGAGGUAGCAAUGAAAGGGGGAUACAUCAAAGGCAUCUGUCCCCUGUCACACAGUACGACCUUUACUGUCGUAAAUAUUUUUAAGAAAUUAUAUAAAAAAAAAAAUACAGUGUUUAAAAACAA